GCUGUCCUAACGAGGGUCUGCUGUAAGAAUACAGGGCGUUUAGUGCCAAAUCAUUUAUUACUGCAUUAUUUUGCUGUGUUAAACAGUUCCUUUUAAAAACUAAUAGCAUCAUGAACUCGAUGAAGGGAAUUGAUCUGGAUACAUGCAGUUUGUCUCUACUGACGGCAAAAGAAGAUAUACUGAAUCCACGUUCCUCAACAAACUGGGCUUUGUUUGCCUAUGAUGGUAUAAUGAACAGGCUCAAGCUGGCUGACUCUGGAGUAGGUGGAUUGGAAGAGUUGAAGACUAAAUUCCACCCCAGAAGAGCACUUUAUGGGAUGUGCAGUGUAGGCAAAUCUCAACCCCGCAACGUUAUGAUAUUAUGGUUAGGGAAAGAGGUGGAUGAGUACCGCAAAGCUGAGUGUGCCAGUCAUUUGCCAGCAAUUAGGGCCUUCUUUAAGGAAGUUCACAUCUUUCUUCCUGCACACACUAUGGAUGAAAUCACAGAAGAGAGGAUUUGUACACUGGCCUGUAAGGCUGCAGUGACGAUACAGGGGCCGAGAGGGAGACAUGGCCUCCGGCGGCUAGACAGAGAGGAGGUUGUGGGCACAAAUUACAAGAGAACAAUCGCAGCAGCAGAGAUUCUGAGACUGCAGAGAGAUUCUUUCUGGGCGCAAGCAGAGAAAGAAGAGGAGGAAAGGAAAAUCGAGGAACAGCGGAGGGCAGCAGAGGACAGGAGACAGAGGGAGAGAGAGAGAAUACAUCAGGAAAAGAGAGAGGCAAUGGAGAGAGAGAGGAAAAUGAAUGAAAAAGAACAGAAAUUUCAGGAGCAGAGGAGAAUACAGGCCAAAAUGGAGGCAGAGGCACACAGACAAGAAAGAAUAAAAUGGGAGGCAGCAGCUCUUAUGUCUCAGCGUGUUACAAACUCCAGAGAGUUCUUUAGACAGCUGUCUUCCUCAUCGGGUGUCCAGCCAGGUUCCCAUCCCGGCUCUCCAUUCCCAGCCAGGAGUACUUAUAGACAACUGCAUCGCAGUCAGACAGACAAUGUCUUCAUUUUCAAAGAGCCUUCAUCAUUCACACCCACAUCGCCCUACAGAUUGACAGUGGCAUCCCCUUACAUUCCAUCCACUCCAAAAUCCCAGAGCCCAACACUUGUUUUCCCUAGUCCAACAAUGGACUCUACAAGUCUCUCAGAGAAGAAUUUCCCCACAGAUAGUUCAGUGGUAUCUUCCAAUAGCCAUAUCCAUCCAUCUUCACUAAAGCUGAUGGAGUCAUCCUGUAAAUCCACUUUACAGCUCCAAACCCAACCAACACCAUUAACUAAUGCAACUGAAUCUGAAAUAAAAACCCCUAUCACUGCCAUAUUAGAUAGUUUUAUCUUUUACCCAUCACAACCAGCCACUGAGCUGCUCCAACCAAAUAACCAGGGCAGAGAUGAACCGGUUACAUUUCCUUCACCUCUGUCUGGUCUUGAAAAUUCUCCAAAACCAUCCACAGACCUGCCUAAAGUGCAAACUUCAAUGCAAACCCAACUUGAUAUCAGUCUGACUCCACAGACUAUCUCAGAUCCACCUGUCUUCUCCUCAGAUCUUCUAACAUCCUCUCUUCUUCAGUCAUGUCCUUCUUCACUGGACACAUCAUGUGUCUUGGUUCCUCAGCCCCCAUCUAGACCGCUUCCUGCCCUACCCGUCAUCCCACGAUUGCUAAAAGACCUGGAACCAGAGAGAGAAUUCACUGCCCGGGCCUCGGUUAUAACCAUGGUUGAGGAGGAGGAGGAUGUGAUGGAAGAGAAUGAGGAGAAGGAUGGAGAGAGGGAUGAGGAGGAAAGGAUAAAUGAGGAGAGAGUGGGUGAGAUAAGAUAUGAGGGGAAAAGGGAGACUGAGGAGAAACAUGGAGUGAGAGGGUGUCUGGAGGAAGGGAAGAGAAGUGGAGAAGAUAAAGCUGAAAAGAGUGACAGUGGAGAGAAGAGGAAUGGAGAACAGCUGAAACAAGAUUGGAAAAUUAUGGAAGAACAUGAGAGUAAAAAAGAACAAGACAGGAAUAUUAUGGAAGAAUAUAGGAGUGAAGAAGAACAAGCUGGGAAGAAUGUGGGAGAACAUGAUAGUGAAAAAGAUGAACACUGGAUUAGUAUGAAAGAAUUUGUGAGUGAAAAAGAACAAUAUGGAAAAAACAUGAAAGAAUUUGAGAGUGAAAAAGAACAAGAUGGAAAAACAAUGGAAGAAUCGAAGAAUGAAAAGGAACAAAAUGAGGAAAUUAUGAAAAAAUUUGAGAGGGAAAAAGAUCAAGAUGGGAAAAACACGGAAGAAUUAGAGAAUGAAACAAUUCAAGAUGGGAAUAUUAGGGUAGAAUAUAAGAGUGAAGAAGAACAAGAUGGGAACACCAUGGAGGUACAUGAGAGUGAAAAAGACAAAGACUGGGAAAGUAUGGAAGAAUUUAAGAGUGAAAAAGAACAAGAUGGAAAAACAAUGGAAGAAUACAAGAAUGAAAAGGAACAAGAUGAGGAAAUUAUAAAAGAAUUUGAGAACGAAAAAGAACAAGAUGGGAAAACAAUGGGAGAAUUUAAGAAUGAAGAAGAACAAUGUGGAAAAAACAUGGAAGAAUUAGAAAGUGAAAAAAUACAAGAUGGGAAUAUCAUGGAAGAAUAUAAGAGUGAAGAAGAACAAGAUGGGAACAUCAUGAAAAUACAUGAGAAUGAAAAAGACAAAGACUGGAAAAGUACGGAAGAAUUUAAGAGUGAAAAAGAACAAGAUGGAAAAACAAUGGAAGAAUCCAAGAAUGAAAAGGAACAAGAUGAGGAAAUUAUAAAAGAAUUUGAGAAUGAAAAAGAACAAGAUGGGAAAACAAUUGGAGAAUUUCAGAAUGAAGAAGAACAAUGUGGAAUAAACAUGGAAGAAUUAGAAAGUGAAAAAAUACAAGAUGGGAAUAUCAUGGAAGAAUAUAAGAGUGAAGAAGAACAUUGCUGGAACCCCACGGAAGUACAUGAGAAUGAAAAAGACGACAAUUGGAAAAGUAUGAAAGAAUAUGAGAGUAAAAAAGAACAAGAUGGAAAAACAGUGGAAGAAUUCAACAAAGAACAGGAACGAGAUGAGGAAAUUAUGAAAGAAUUUGAGAGCGAAAAAGAACAGGAUGGGAAAACAAUUGGAGAAUUUGAAAAUGAAAAAGAACAAUGUGGAAAAAACAUGGAAGAAUUAGAAAGUGAAAAAAAAAAAGAUGGGAAUAUCAUGGAAGAAUAUAAGAGUGAAGAAGAACAAGGCUGGAACACCAUGGAAGUACAAGAGAGUGAAAAAGACGAAGACUGGAAAAGUAGGAAAGAAUGUGAGAGUGAAAAAGAACAGGAUGGGAAAACAAUGGGAGACUCUGAGAAUGAAGAAGAACAAUGUGGAAAAAACAUGGAAGAAUUAGAGAGUGAAAUAAUACAAGAUGGGAACACCAUGGAAGCACAUGAGAGUGAAAACAAUGAAGAUUGGAAAAGUGUGGAAGAAUUUGAGAAUAAAAAAGACAACGAUUGGAAAAGUAUGGAAGAAUGUGAGAGUAAAAAAGAACAAGAUGGAAAAACAGUGGAAGAAUCCAACAAAGAACAGGAACAAGUUGAGGAAAUUAUGGAAGAAUUUGAGAGCAAAAAAGAACAGGAUGGGAAAACAAUUGGAGAAUUUGAAAAUGAAAUAGAACAAUGUGGGAAAAACAUGGAAGAAUUAGAAAGUGAAAAAAUACAAGAUGGGAAUAUCAUGGAAGAAUAUAAGAGUGAAGAAGAACAAGAUGGGAACAUCAUGAAAGUACAUGAGAAUGAAAAAGACAAAGACUGGAAAAGUACGGAAGAAUUUAAGAAUAAAAAAGAACAAGAUGGAAAAACAGUGGAAGAAUCCAACAAAGAACAGGAACAAGUUGAGGAAAUUAUGAAAGAAUGUGAGAGCGCAAAAGAACAGGAUGGGAAAACAAUUGGAGAAUUUGAAAAUGAUAAAGAACAACGUGAAAGAAACAUGGAAGAAUUAGAAAGUGAAAAAAUACAAGAUGGGAACACCAUGGAAGCACAUGAGAGAGAAAACGAUGAAGAUGGGAACAUCAUGGAAGAAUCUGAAAAUGAAAAAGAACAAGAUGGGAAAAUUAUGGAAAAUUGUGAGGGUGAAAAAGACAGCAGGGAGAGAGGGAACAACCAGGAGGAAAACAGCCAAACUUUGUUGAAACAGAGCGAAGAAAAGCUAAAGGUUGAUAUAGAGAAAGAGUCACAAAGAGAGAUUGUAUUGAAGAAUGAUGCAGUAGAUGAAGAGAACAUUGAGAAAAUUGCUAAAGGAAAUGAAAAAGAAGAAAGGAAUACAUCACUAAUCAAGACAGUGGAAGCUGUAGAGGUUAUUCUUUUGGAGGAACAUCCUUCCAGUGCAGACAAAAACAUGGAUGAAUCCUUUGCUGAGACACUUUUCUCUCAACAUGCACCACCCUUCAGAGAAUUCAGUGCUAUCGAACCAUCUCAAUACAAUCACACAUCUCUUCCCACAAGUAUAUCAACCAAUCAAGAUGAAAAUGAGCCUCACAUGAGUUCGACAGAUUUCUCACACCUAAGCACAGACAUGCAAAUAAGCUUACCAACUGUUCAGCACAAGUCAGAUCUUUCCAAAUUAAUCAUUCAAAGCGAUUCCCAACCAGAUGAUGUUAGAGAAGUAGAGUUUGAAUCUGAUUCCCAAGAUCUCACUCUUGAUUUUUUAACUGUAAUUUCAUGCAGUCAGGAAAGCUCAUGCCCUAUGAAAGAGACCUCAAGCACCACUUUAACUCAACUUACAACAGAACAGGGUCUUAAAUCAGAGGCCAUCACAGAUAUUUGUGUCAGUGUGGAGGAUGUGAUGGGAAAAGAGGAAUGUAAGGAGACAGAUGGAGAAAUGGGGGCUAAAAUUGUGGAUCAUGGCAAUGAUUUGGCUGAGGAAGUCAGUGCUGAGAAAAUAGCAUCACCCAUAUUUGAGAGUCAAGCCAAGACUGGACAGUCAGAUGAGGAGGAGGGGCUUGUAACUGUCCGUAAUUUCCUCGAAGGCCCAGAUGUAUGUAUUACUCAUCAGUCAGAGCUGGAUUCAACCAAUGAGAUGAGUGAUUCUGAAGAGGGGGAGGAGGCUAUUUCACUCAUAGUCCAUGAUACCCACACUCACAAGGUGGAGCAGAGCUCUAACUUUGAUUCUGCCCCUGAGCUGAAUCGAGUGAACAGCAGAACAUCAGUUCUGCAGAACGGGAAAACUGCCACAGAAACACCCAAUAACAUCAGUAAUGAUAAGAAAGCUGACGAAUCUCUUACAAGUGGGCGAGGAAAUGAGCAUUUGGAGAUAAUUGAAAAGGCAAACUUGUGCAAUGACCCGUGCACGGCAAAUGAUUAUGGAAUAGAGGAGCCAUCAAUCAUAUGUGGACAGACAGGAGACAGUGUGGCACAUGCUUCUAUGGAAAUGUUGUAACCUUAUUGCCCCAGGAAAUCAACAGCACCAUGGCAACAGUGUACCAGUCAUAGUGGAGCAUGUUUAGGGAAAGAUGUCAAUUAGAUGUUUUCUCAGCAAAUCACUGAAGUGAUUUAGGACCAGACCUAACACUCGCAUUUAUUCUAACAUCUGCACAAUAAUACAAUAUAUAAAGUAAGUUAAGUACACACACACAGACAUGCACAAAAGUCAUGGAUAACAUGUCUUGUACUAUCAAACACUUAAAUUUUACUGUAUGCAUAUGGCUUUAAUAGUGCACUAGAUAUAUUUUACUGUCAACUUUCUAAAUCAUCACUGUAGUUUUUGUCUGUCCAGGUCGUUAAAUAAAUCUCUGAAGGUUAUUUAUACUUAUAGCUCAUUAUUUAUAAUAUUCUAUAAAAUAAAUUAUAAUGUUUCCUCACUAGGUUAAUAUAUAUGUUGGAAAUGUUUUUUUUUUUACUUACAUUCCAAUAAAGAUUUUUUUUUUUUGCAACUGUCCAAGGCAAAACAUUUAUAGAAUCGGGUCUAAAAUAUGAUUUUGCUGAACAUACAUGUCUAAAAUGAAUGCAAAAUCUUGAGCAGCACAUACACAGUCCUGUAGUCCGCCAUUGUAGUUUUGAAUGUCUCGCGCGUUGUUUUGAAGUACUCGCGCGCAUGCCUAUAGUCUGAACUCUCAAGAUUAUUCAAUAAACUCUGCUCAUUUUUACCAUCACUUCGUCUCCUGCCUUCUUCUGUAUUCCCGCUGCUGACUCUUGGGCUGGUAGGAGAGUAAGUUAACAUAACAAGCUGUUGAUGUUGACUGGUUUAUAUAUCAGACAGAACUCUGAUAUAUGGAUAUCUUCUGACGGAGAGAGAGGUCUUGUGUACACUGGAUCUAACACGCAUUUUCACUGCCUCAUGUUUUCAUAUUCUAAGCAUAUUGAAUACUGUACAUGGCAUCACAUCUCUAUCUAUAGGCUAUAUACAUAAGCGGUGGGUGAAUGAAUUGCAGGGUAAAGGUACAUCAAAUAAAGUAAAUAAAUAACAUUUAAAAUAAAUUUUUCCCAUCUGAAUCCAUACAUUAAUUUCAAGAUUUUCAAAUUGCAGGUUCUGCCUACUGUACAGUGUUCACACUCCAUAAAAAACAACUUGAUCGUUAUUUGCACAGACACCAGUAUUCAUAUUGAUAAUUAUACAUCUCAAAUUGAUGCCUAUCAAUCCAUCAUUCUUUAUAUAACACGUAAUACGCGUGCGCAUGAAGUCAUCGUUUUCACAAAUUCGCGUUUUUGUAUGUUUACACAGAGACGAAUGUUAAAACGGCAUCGUUUUCAAAAGUUUUCAGGCCCCAAAACGCCGUUGUCGUGUAAACGGCCACUGAAACAAGAGGAAGAAUCCAGCACAGGACAGAGCACACAAGGGAAAUACAAAGAGGGAGAAAUCAGGCAGGAGAGGGGCAGGUGACGCAAAUUAACAGAAGAUCAGAGAAACAAGGGGGCGGGGCCAUGACGUGAGACAGAACAGAAACAAGCAGGGAAACAGACAUGGAGAAAACAGAACAUCCCAAAUAACAAAAACAAGAGUGUUAGGAUCCUGCCACAAAAGUAAAAAACAAGACUAGACUGAUGACAGGAUCCUGACAAUUUUAGGUUAAGAUUUAUAUGAAUGUAUAAUGGAAAAUGUAUAUCUUUCGUCCUGGUAUGUUAGCUUGAAAACAACUGAAAAUCUUAAGAUCUUGCAUGCAGGCAUUCUGUUCAUCUGAUAAUGUGGCAAUUUACGUCAUUUUAUGUAACCAAGCUUGUGUAAAGUUGUGAAAAGUGAUUACCAAUGUGCAUUUCCAGAAGUCUGAGACUACAUUGAAAAUCUGGAAUUUUUGUUCAUUUAAAUCUUGAAAUACACAUAGUUUGGAAUUUUGGGGAAAAAAAAUAAGCAAAGAAAUGUUAUGACAAAAUGAAAUAAUUAAGAUUCUGCACCAUUUCGAGAUU